CUGGAGCGCGGAUCUGAAGGACUACAACGAAGCGAGGGGCGGAGUGUGUGUGUGUGUGUGUGUGUGUGUACGCGUGUGUGUUUUUACCUCGCGAUCAGACCCAAGGAAUAACACUGGAUCUUUUUGUUUUUCUAUUUUUUUUGCUUGUUUUAUCGCUUCGUUCCGGGGGAUUUACAGUUCCUUUAUUGCUUGACGUCGCUUUCGGGUCGUGUCUAUCGCUCUCCAAAGCUGUUGUGAUGCCCCACUUCGCUCUCUCCACGCCGUUCGGGUCAUGAGCACGUCGCCGCCGGUGUUUGUCCUAACCGAGACCCAGAACACAGCGUGGAGGAGCGGGCCCAGUGCCGUGCUCUGCUCCGUGUCCCCAGCGGACCCCCAGCGCCAGGCCAAGCGACUCCCGAUCAAAGUGCUCAAAAUGCUGACAGCCAGAGCGGGACACAUCCUCCACCCGGACUACCUCCAGCCGCUGCCCUCCACCCCGGUCAGCCCCAUCGAGCUUGACGCCAAAAAGAGUCCUCUGGCGCUUCUGGCCCAGACGUGCUCUCAGAUCGGGAAACCGGAUCCUCCCUCCGCCGCUAAACUCUCCUCCUCCGCGGGCUCAGGCUCCAGCGGCUCCGGGGACAAAGAUGCCAAGACCCCGCUGAAGAUGAGCGAUCUCGGGUCUGAGGACAAGUCCAGUUUUAAACCGUACAAAACGGACAAGAAGGAGUCCAGCAGCGCGGAGAGGAACGGCUUUCGCGUGCCCAGCGCCACGUGCCAGCCUUUUACGCCGCGCACGAGCAGUCCCAGCUCCGUUACGUCCGCGUCUCCGGUGCCGAGCGACACAAAAGACAAGGACGAAAAGAAGGAGGACAGACCAGACUCUGUCCCGAGGACUGAAGACACGUCUAAAUCGGCCCCUGAGCCCACGCCCCCGGUCUCCUCGAGCUCCACGGGCCUGGGGCUCGUGGCUCCGGUGUCUCCGUACAAACCGGGCCCGGGGCACGUGUUCCCGUUGCCCGCCGCGGGGGUGUCGUACCCCUACGGCUACCCACAGCCUUUUCUCACGCACGGAAUGACCCUUGACCAUAAGUCCACCAGCGCGGGUAGCGGCGGGCUGCUGGGACAGUUCUCGUCUCUGGCGGGAGGAGCGAAGGGGGGCAGCCCGCUGGCAGGAGCCUCUCCCCCGGGGCUGGCUCCGGGACUGUGUCGGGACCCGUUCUGCCUGGGCUUUCACUGCGCGGGGCUCAGCGGCGGCGGCGCGGGCUGUGACUCUUUAAAGAGCGGCUAUCCACUCAUGUACGCGCCUCCUGCCGCGCACGCGCCUCUGCACGCGGCGCACUCUUUCCCGGGACACGCGCUCUACCCCUACGGCCUCGUGGCCAACGACCCGCUGCCGCACGCGUGCAACUGGGUGUCCGCUAACGGCGCGUGCGACAAACGCUUUGGCACGUCAGAGGAGCUGCUCGCGCACCUGAGGACGCACACGGCGCUCACCUCGGACAAACUGAUACCGGGUUACCAUAGCAACGGCUCGUCUCUCGCGGUGGCGGCGGCCAUGGCGGCCUCGUGUCAUAUGCACAUGCCCAGCGGCAGCCCGAGCGCGCUCGCGCUCAGAGGCCCUCAUCACGCGCUCGGACUUUCCCGGUAUCACCCGUACUCCAAGAGCCCGCUGCCCGGGAGCGCGCCCGGGGCCGUGCACGUGCCCCCCGCGCCUGCUCAGUACUACUCCCCGUCCCCGUACCUGUUCGGACAGAGACUGACACCUGCACUGUACCAAUAGCACCAGUGUGACCGCCCCCAAGACCCGGAUGUGGAUUAUUGUGGUUUGAUUUGGAGUCACGUGACACAGCAGGAGUCCGGGGUCAGCGGGGGUCACACAGAGCCUGGAUUUAUCAGAUUGUAUUUUAAUAAAGUUAUUUAAGUUUAUCUGGAGAAUUACAGAUUGUGACGCAGUGAAGGAGGAUCUGACGCUGCUCUUUGUUCAAGAGGCGAG